AUGCGUUAUCGCAGACCUACACGCUCGCUCUAUGCUCUCACUCGAGAAGAAAUCACGCGCGGGAUCGCGAAUCGCUUCGUCCACUCACGGACGUACAUAUUCCUCUACCUGGGCAUGGCCGCUCUGUCCAUUACAACGGUCAUUCUUAGUCUACAGGAUGGUUGUCCAGGACUGGCAUUUUAUAUCCUGGAGCUCAUUAUCAACACCACGAUGAUCGCAGAAGUCAGCAUUCGUUUUGUGGCAUUCGGCAGGCGCUUUUGGAAGUCGCCGUUUAACGUGAUCGACCUUGUUCUAACAUUCUUCUGCGUGAUCACGGUCCUUACGAUAGUCUUUGCGGGCUGCGGUUCGACCAGCAAAGAAGAGGAAUUAUUGGAUACUCUGCUUCUAGUGGGCCGGAACGUGCUUCAGUUCAUUCGCUUAGCUGCGGUAAUGCGGCAAUCUGGACAGUCAAUUUUCUCUCGACCUCGGCCAAUAGAUUUGACCGCAGCGAGACGAGCGGGAUUCAGUUUAGAUCUAGACCUGCCUGAAGACGCAGAAGAGGAGUUGGCUCGCUCAAGGACCCGAAAUCCGGUACUUUUUGAUGCCCAAGGACGAGAUGAGGAAGAAGGCCUAAUUCCACCGCCCCCACCUCCGAAGCCCAAUAAACCACCUGUCAUCGACGAUCGAGACCAGGAAGACUUGUGGGCGGGCUUGUGA